AUGGUAAAUUUGUAUCGCCUAGAUUUGAGGAACAAUCAGCUCUCUGAACAGCUGCCGGGGUGUUUAGGAAACAUUAGUUCCUUACGAAAUAUCCAUUUAGAUUACAAUGGAUUGACUUCUACUAUACCAUCAACUUUGUGGAGCAACAAAGAAAUUCAAAUUUUGGCAUUGUCUCAUAAUUUGCUUAUUGGUUCUCUGUCUCAAGAAAUUGGCAGCCUGAAGAGUUUGAGAGAGUUACAUCUGUCAGGAAAUAAGAUUUCGGGUGAUAUUCCUACCACCAUUGGGCAACUUCAGAGUUUGAUAAAUCUAACAUUAUCAAACAAUAGACUGCAUGGUCCUAUACCCGAUUCAUUUGGUGAUUUGAAAGAAUUGGAGUACUUGGAUCUGUCUGAUAACAUUCUUUCUGGUCUGAUCCCCAAGUCAUUAGAGUCACUGGAGUAUCUCAAGUAUUUUAACGUCUCAUUCAAUAAACUCAGUGGUGAAAUUCCGAAUGGAGGACUUUUUAAAAACUUAACAAGAGAUUCUUUCGUAGGCAAUGGGGAAUUAUGUGGAGCAUCUCGAUUCAUGGUCAUGGCAUGUAAAAGCAACACAUCAAAAUCAUCGAGCAAGACCAGGAAUCUGAAAUAUAUUUUACCACCAUGUGCAUUGGUAGCAUGUAUAGUAAUAAUUACUGUUUGGUUUGUGAGAUGUAAUAGAAAUAAACCCCUUCCGACUCAGUCUAGUUUCCCUAUUGCCCUCGCCGUCAAGAGGGUUUCAUAUUAUGAAGUUCUUAGUGCUACUAAUAACUUCGAUGAAGAGAAUCUAAUUGGCAGAGGCAGUAUUGGUUCGGUAUACAAGGGUCUAUUUUCUGAUGGGAUAAUUGCAGCUAUUAAGGUUUUCAAUUUAGAUGUGGAAGGUGCAGUCAAGAGCUUUGAUACUGAGUGCAGUAUAUUGUGCAACAUUCGACACAGAAAUCUCGUCAAGGUAAUUACUUGUUGUUCAAACCUUGAUCUCAAAGCCUUGGUGUUGGAAUAUAUGCCUAAAGGAAACCUUAGCAUAGACUUCGGAAUUUCAAAGCUCUUAAAAGAAGACCAGAGAAUUUCAGUAACCAAGACUUUGGGCACCAUUGGUUAUAUGGCACCAGAGUACGGAUCUACAGGACUGAUAUCGACAAUGGUAGAUGUUUACAGUUAUGGGAUUAUAUUGAUGGAAACAUUUACCAAAAGGAAGCCCACUGAUGCUAUAUUUGAAGGAGAGUUGACUAUGAGGAGAUGGGUGAUCGAAUCAUUCCCUGAUGCAAUAAUGCAAAUUGUAGACAUCGACGUAGUGAACGAAGUUGAAGAGAAUAUUCGAUCUAAAGAGAGAUGCAUCACAUCAAUCAUGGGGUUGGCUCUAGAAUGCACAAGUGAUUUGCCUGAGGAGAGGCUCAAUAUGAAAGAUGUUUUAACGAGGCUCAAGGAGAUCAAAACUGAAUUUCAUCCGGGCAUAACUACGCGUUUUGCUCCAGAAAUUAGCAGCAUGAAGAGCUUCAGAGCGUUAUAUCUAUCUGGAAAUCAGUUUUCGAGUGACAUUUCAAGCACUAUUGGGUAUCAGCAGAGUUGUCUAAUAGCCGACUCUUCUAAUAUGAAAGAAUUGCAAUACUUGGGUCUAUCUAAUAACAAUAUUUAUGUGUUGGUUUGGUAUACAAGGGCAUCUUCUCCGACGUGGAUAGUUGCUGCUAUUAAGGUUUCUGAUUUAGAUAUGGAAGGUGCCCUCGAUAGCUUUGAUGCUGGGUGCCAAAUUAUGUGCAACAUUCAUUACAGAAAUCUUGUCAAGAUUGUAGACGUGGAUGUACUCAACCAGGAUGAAGAAAAUGUUAAAGCUAAAGAGAGCUACUUCAAAUCAAUCAUGCGACUAGCUCUCGAAUGUAUUGCUGAUUUGGCUGAGAAAACGUUCAAUAUGGAACAUGUUGUAAUAAGGCUCAAGAAGAUCAAAAGUGAAGUUUUUUCUAGCAUCAGUAAGACUGAGCAAGACAAAAGGUCUGUUUGGAUUCACUGA